CAGCUUGGACUUGUCUCUGAUCUAGUAUAACCUCGUGGUGGGGGCCAUUGCCCCCUAAGCUCUUGAACGACUGCUACCCUGCAGCCAGAUGGUAGCUUUAUCCUGCACACUUCCACUCCCAGGAGCAGCAAAAUUCAUACCAUCAUCAAUGCCAAUUCCGGGUAUACGCCGCACUGCUAUAGUUAUGGCUUGCUUUCUAGUAAAGGGGGAUGACAGAGGAAUUCGCCCUUUUCUGGCGGCCCUUGCUGAGGGGACUGAGAUGUGUAAAUAGAACUUUUUCUUGAUUUCCCGUUAGCAAUUGGGCGUGAGCUUUCGAUGUCCCUUAUAUAG